AAAUAAAAAAGAAACAUGCCACUGAGCAACAAUGUGGUCGGAGCCAUCAACUUCAUCGCCAUUCUCCUCUCGAUCCCGAUCAUUGCCGCCGGAAUCUGGCUGACGACGGAACCAGCCGAUUCCUGCGUCAAGAUUCUGCAAUGGCCGGUGAUCAUACUGGGUGUGCUCAUAUUAUUAGUGGCUGUAGCCGGAUUUGUGGGAGCCUUCUGGAGAAUCCCAAGACUCCUUCUCUUGUACCUCGUCGCAAUGCUAAUUCUGAUCAUUUUGCUGCUUUCCUUGGUGGUAUUUGUCUACAUGGUGACGCUCAGAGGUCAUGGAGAUGUCGAACCUAAUCGUGCUUACUUGGAAUAUCAUCUCGAUGACUUCUCUCUGUGGCUUCGUCGCAGAGUCAGAAGUUCCUUCAAGUGGGAUCGCAUCAGAAGGUGUCUUAGCUCCACAAAUAUGUGCGCAGACUUGGACCAACGUUACAGAAUGGCUCAAGACUUCUUCAACGCACACCUUUCCCCCAUGGAGUCUGGGUGCUGUAAGCCGCCGACAAAAUGUGGUUACCAGUUUGUGAACCCAACGUAUUGGAUUAGUCCGAUUGAUAAUGGAGGUGAUGAGGAUUGCUCGAAAUGGAGCAAUGACCAGACCCAACUGUGCUACGCCUGUAAUGCUUGCAAGGCUGGUGUGCUAGCAGAUCUGAGGAAGGAAUGGAGGGGGGCGAAUCUGAUAUUGGCCAUUACUUUGGUUGGUCUGAUUAUAGUUUAUGUGAUGGGGCUUUGUGCCUUUAGGAAUGCCAAAACUGAGGAGCUUUUUCGCAAGUACAGGCAAGGCUACACCUGAUGAACAAAAUCCCACCUUAGUUAUGUCCUCAUGUUAAUUACUAGUGA